GAUAACCUGACAUAUCACUGUUUGCGCAACUUGUAGUGAAGUGGUUCCAGUUACAUUACAUGAUAAAUUUAGGAUAAAAGUCAAUUGUAAUUAGUCGAUUGGAAGUCUCCUGAUAUAUAUAUGUGUAAUUUUUAUUCUGUAGUCAGUUUGAAAAGUUACUUCAUUCAAGCAGCUUAGUUGUCUGAUCAAAUAUAAUGGCAAGCACUGAAGGCAGUAAAUUAAUGGACGUAAAAGGGAAAAUUGCAUUGAUCACAGGCGGGGCCACUGGUAUUGGUCUGGCGAUGGCUGAUUCACUCCUUGCUGCUGGACUGAAGAAAGUGUAUAUUUCUGGCAUAAUUGACAAGGAUGGGGAGAAAGCUGUUCAAGAAAUGACAAAAAAACAUGGAGAGAACAGAUCUGUUUAUAAACACUUGGACGUUAGAAACCACCAACAAUUCGAAGAUACAUUCAAAGAAAUUGUAUCUAAGGAAGGAGGUUGUGACAUUCUAAUCAACAAUGCUGGACUAGUAAAUGAAAAUGACUUGCAGCUAUUAAUGGAAGUAAACCUUUUUGGAGUGAUGAGAGGAUGCCAACUUGCCCUUAAGUAUUUAAAUAAGGGUGGGUGUGUUAUGUGCACUUCAUCUCUUUCUGGAUUUGAAGCUUAUUGUCCAUACUUAAUUGCCUACAAUGCUUCUAAGCAUGGUGUCUUAGGAGCUGUAAAAUCUUAUGGACAUCCAGAACUUUUUGCGGAGCACAACAUUCGAUACAUGUCAAUUGCACCAGGUGUUACAGAUACAACUAUUUGUGCUUUACCUCCAACCUAUCAUUUUAAUGAGGAGUGGGGGAAAAAGGGAGUAGCAGCUUUUUAUUCAGAAGUUCCACAAAGAACUGAGUCAGUUGCUAAAGCUACUCUUUACAUGAUUGAAAAUGCUCCAACUGGAAGUAUAUGGGUUGUGAUGAAGAAUCAGUUAUUCGCAGUAACAUUGCCUGACAGGGAGUCCUGUCAGAAAAAAGUAAUGGACCUCUGAUUUUUUAACAAAAUGGAUUAUACUGAUGACAAUACUGUUAAUAUGUUAAUGUUUCUUUAUAAGCUUGAAAUGUAUGAACAUAAAAAUAAGUCAAAUGUAUGUAUGUACAAUAUUUACCUCAGUGUUUGUUAUGUAUUCAAUAUUACUUAAACAAAUAAUAUUACCUUGCUAUGUUUGUUUAUAAAGUUUAUGUUUUUAUGUAAAUAUACUAUCAUCUUAUUUAAUCUUAAUCAUAAUUGAAAUGAAUUAAUAUCCAAAAUUAUGAGAAUUAUAUUUAAAAAUAUAAUAAAUACAAUAUUUUAAAACUUGAA